GCGCCUGUGGAAUAAGACAGUAAAGUGAUCCAGAGUAUAGACGCGUCACUUUGUGUGGAUAUAUACAAUAUUUUUAUCUCUCAAAGCUGAAAGUGUGACGUUGUCUGCCAACUCGGACUUUCUCGGGAAACGCUUUUUCUCCAGCGCUUCAUAUAUUUUGCCAUUUCCGACGCUCCGGUGUACCAGCUGAACCGGGUGAAAUUACACCUCCAAGACUUUUCCAGUUAACUUACUCAAAACUAAGUCACCAUGGCAGAGACGUCGGCGGCUCCAAGCAAAGCCAAAAAGGCAUCCAAACCCAAGAAACCCGCUUCACAUCCCAAGUACUCGGAGAUGAUUAAAGCGGCCAUAGUUCACGACGCCAGCCGGAGUGGAGCGUCCCGUCAGUCCAUCCAGAAGUACGUGAGGAAGAACUACAAGGUGGGCGACAAUGCCGAUGUGCAGAUUAAAAUGGCCCUGAAGAGGCUGGUGGCAUCGGGGAUGCUGCGCCACACCAAAGGCAUCGGCGCGUCAGGAUCCUUCAGGCUGACCAAACCUGAGGACUCCAAAAAGUCAGUCAAACCAGCGCCAGCUCCCAAGCCAAAGAAGGCAGCGAAGCCCGCCAAACCCAAGAAGGCGGCCAAGCCCAAGAAGGUGUCCAAGACACCGGAGAAACCCAAGAAGGUCGCUGCAAAGAAAGUGAAAAAGGUCGCGAAAAAGGCGACACCAACGAAAGCCAAAAAGGCGCCAGUGAAGAAACCCAAGGCAGCCAAGCCGAAGGCAAAACCAGUAAAGAAGGCAGCCAAGCCCAAGGCAAAGGCACCGAAAAAAGCAGCCAAAGCAGCUAAAAAGAAGUAAAAGGACAAUUUCAAAAAGUCACUGUAAAUAUUUCAGAAAAUGUUUUCGUAUAUGUAUUAUUUUUGUAAGGUCUCAUGCAAACUUAUGCUGUUUUUACUAGCAGUCUUCUCUCAACCGAACUGCAACCUAAACCUGCAGAAGAUAUACUUGUGUCCACUUUUAUUUGGCGUUAAUAAUACUGUUAAUUUCUGUCUGGUCCUUGGAUACAUUCGAGCUAGUCUAGGGUCUUGCUGAAAAGAAAACAAUGUAUAUAGUGUUGAACUAAUGAAUAGUCAUUGUUGGUGCACACGUUAUACUGAAAACACAAAUGUUCCAACGAUGAGCAUUGUUGAGUCUUGACAAUGUACAGAACAUAGUAGAUGCAGCAAGAUGUUCCCAAAGGCUCUGUAGUUGUCAUUCAAGCUCCAAUCUGUAUAUUAUCUCAUGGUCAGAAGAUUCAUAAUAUACAAACGUCACACUGUGUUUAGUCACUUUUAAUGACUGUUUAUACUGCAACUCAAUAAACCUU